CUUGGGUGCUGUAGAGGGUACGGGGAAGAAAUCCCGAAUUCCCAUAAAGCAGUUUGCAGUUAGCAUACAUAUUGUGUUUAUGGACGUUUCAGCCAGGUCGGGGGGAACUUAAAAUGUAUUGCUGGAGAAGUUGCUGCAGCUAGCAGGCUCCAACUCUGGGGGCACUUGUAGGCAUGAAAAGGAGAAGGUCUGAGAGUGAACAGUUCGAGUCCAAUACAUUGCCCAUGCCUCCGACGCUUUCUAAAGAUGAGGUUCAAAGGAUGGUCUCCCAAGAGGUGCAAUCUGCAAUUGAACAGUCCGACAAAAUGAUGAAAGCUCUGAUGGAACGAAUUCAGGAGAUAGAUGGUGAACCCAGAUAUAGCACAAGAAUAAAAAAACUAGAAGCACAUGUGAAGAAAGUGAAACGAAGAGGCGAUGCUGUCUUUGCCUACAUACGACAACGUGGCACUUCGGAGUUCUCCCAGGAUCAGCAACAAUCACUUGCUUCAAAAUUUGGCACUUCCACUGGUCCAGCUCAGACUCUGGGCUCUGUAACCAAGACAACAAACCUAAACAGUUUUGCACACAGCUCUGGAGGGUCUGGCGACAGCACGUCAACGUCAUCAACAGAGCUUGACUCUGAGGGGGGCACAGUGAGAAAACCCAAAGAAGGCUUCUGGCAGAGUUUGCGCUCCAAGAAGCAGAUAGUUGACUUGACGGAUGAAGGUGAAGCCUGCAGACGGAAUAAGAAAACACACGCUGAUUGCCCUCCUACAAAACAAACAUCAGCGCAGAAAGAUAUGGAUACCAGUUUCUCUCCACUUGAGCAGCCAAAGAGCCCUUGUCUUGCUGUUGUGAAGAACAGGAGUCCGGAGGCACAAGGGGUGCAGUUUCAACAGACCGACCUGUGGACGCAGCUUCCUCCGUUCCCGGAUACUCCGUUUCCCCAGCAGCUGCCUGUCGUGGCGGCCACAAAGAACAUGCCCCAGAAGCCUGUGGUGAAGGUGGCUCGCAUCACCAAUCCGCAAAGCAUAGCCCUCCUGUGGAACGUGGAGGAGGAAGACCCGCACGCUGCCGACAUGGACUGCUACUACAUAUACGUGACCCAGCAGCACAGCGACGGUACCUUUUCCAAGUGGAAGACCAUGGGAGUGGUGAAAGCCAUUCCCCUGCCCAUGGCGUGCCGGGUGUCCGACCAUUCAGGCGGAAAGACGCUCAGCUUCAUCCUAGUAGGGAAGGAUAUCUACGGCCGCUACGGGCCGUACAGCGACGUGCAGACUGUCUUAGGUGGGAAAACAUGACUCUUCUUGUCCGUGACCCCUCAGCAUUUAGUAUCUUAACAGCUGGCUCUAUAAAUUUUAAAGUUACUGCCCUUGUUUAGUCAGAUUAGUGGUUGGAGCGCAAAUCUGGAAGGUAGCGGACCCCCCCCCCCCCCCAUGAACUGGGGGGUUGGGGGAUCUUUUCUAUGAUUUUGUACAAAAUCAGGUAAUGUAACAAAUGUUAUCAAUAAAAUGUAAUAAAUGUUUACUUAUUUAGAUUUGGAACCUGGAAAUUCAGUUCAUGUAGACAAAAGUAAAACAUUAGUUGCCAUUGUACGAACUUGAAAUGGAUGGGUGAAGUAAAAGUAAAGUAAUGGCCUGGAAAAGUUACAAGUAGUUGAUCUUUAAUGUAAAAUACAUUUGAAUGACUUAAAAAAACAAGCAAAACAUUUAGCCCUUGAUUGGGGUCAGUCAGUGGAAACAUAGGCAACUAUAGGCAUCAGACACAGCGCACGAGCGUCCAAACAAAAAGCUGCCAAUGUGAUUUCAUUCAAAUUUUAAAAACCUUGAGUAAUAUCCAAUGAGAUCACUUCAUAUGGAAACAAUGUAAGGAAAGGGUUCAAGCUUGUAAAAAUAAUACUUCAUUACCAAAAUGAACAGCAAUGUAUUUGGUCUACAUAAAUACAGAUCAAUUUAAUCUUUUCUCAA